ACACUAGCCAAGCCAGCACACCACUACUCUACUGGAUCGAGUACAGUACACAGUAUGAUGAUUUUUUUUGUGAUUAUAGAAAUUAAAUGUUAAAUAGUGAAAUUAGGAGAGGAAGAAUCCAAGAGCAAUUAGGAUGCGAGUGCAGAAGCGUCCCUUUCCCGGACAAUUUCCCGGCAGAAGUAUAAAUCACAAGCCGCCAUGGCCGCCCUCGCUUCCUGCCAAAAUCCUUACUUAUAAGCCACAGACAAGUGCCGUAGCUAAGCUAGCUCACCUUCCUCCUCACCGCCAAGAUCGCAAGAACGCAACAAGAGAGGAGGAGAUUGAUGUCGUCUUCGGCUGUGAUUCCGCCGCCGUCGCCGGAGAGGAGGGUGCCGAUGGUGGCUGUGCCGGUGGUGGCCGACGAUGGAGGCGGAGGGCAUGGGGCGAAGGGGGAGGAGAGUGUGAGCGGGAGCGUCGCGGGCAUUUCGCCGAGCAUCCUCAUCAUCGCCGUCAUCGUCGUGGUGAUGCUCCUCGCCUCCGUCUCCAUCCACUACUUCAUCCGCCACCUGUGCCGCCGCUCGUCGGCGUCGGCGGCCGCGUCGUCCUCCGCGCCGGUGCUCCCCGUCGUGGUGCGCCCCGCGUCGUCGGCGGCCGUGGGGGAGCAGGUGGUGGGGAAGGCGUCGGCGGAGCGCGCGGCGGAGAUGGAGCGGCUCAUCUCGCGGCUGCCGCUGUUCACGCUGGCGUCGUCGCUGGCGGCGCUCCCCAAGUCGUCGCGCGACUGCGCCGUGUGCCAGAGCGCGUUCCGCGACGACGACGAGCUCCGCCUCCUCCCGGCGUGCCGCCACGCGUUCCACUCCCGCUGCGUCGACCCGUGGCUCCGCGCCAACCCCUCCUGCCCGCUCUGCCGCGCCUCCAUCGCGCUCCCGCACCCGCCCCUCCCGGACCUCCUCCGCGUCGAGCUCGGCAGCGUCAGCAGCCGCCGCUCCAACCCCAACUCCGCCGCCGCCGUCGCCAGCGCGCCGCCCGAGGGCGCCGCCGUCCGCGCCUACCCGCUCCCCACCCUCCCCAACUCCGAGUACCUCGUCGAGGAGGAGCUCGAGGUCGUCAUCAAGCAACCCGCCGCCGCCGCUGCGCCAAGAACCGGCGAGCCAAGCCAGCAUCCGCUGCCGGCGGCGCAGGCGGAGCGUGGGCAGCCGUCGUCGGUGACCCCGACGGCGUCGUUCAGCUCGGCGAGGUCGCAGGAGCGGUGGAGCAACAGGUGGAGCAGCAGAUGGAGCAGCCGGUGGAGCAGCGGGCGGUGGAGCAGCCGGUACGACGCCGGCACGGUGACGGCGGCCGCCACGGCGGAGUGGUGGUGGGACAUGGACGGCGGCGCGGCGCCCGCCGCGCGGCGGCGCGAGGUGGAGGAGCAGGGCAACGCGUUCCACGGCUUCAUGCGCUGGCUCACAGGGGCAUACUAGUAAUUUACCACUCGAUCAAUGCCCAGUUCACUCGCUCGUCAACCUCGCCGGCGCCGGCGAUCGCCGGAGAAUUGAAUUCAACUGAAUUUGAAAUGAAUUAUGAAUUUCUGAUGCGGCUCGGCUCUGCUUUUGGGCAUUCGUGAUUAGGAGUAAUUAAUAGUGUCUCCUUUUCUCUUUUUUUUGGCUGUGAAUUCUUGUAUUAUUUUUUUUCUUGAGUGCGUGGAUUUCGAGGGUGGAGGAUGCAUAUGGUGGGAAGGUUUUUGAUGCCGUACGGAUUUGAAAACUGCUUCUUCCUCCGAAUUGGAGAAUGUCGGCGGGAAGAUUGAGGAAUUCGGGGACUUUGAGGCAAAUGAACUGAACUGCCCAAUAAAAAAACAGAAUUAUUUCCAGCUUGAUCGUAUAGGCUAUAGAACCAUGCUGCAUUUUGUUUGGAUAUUGCAAAUUUGGGAGCGAGACUGUGUGCCAGAAUGCAUAUAUAUAUUCCCUCUGUACUUAAAAAAAAGGAAUCAAUUUUUGAGGAUGAAGCUAGUACUUGAUGUUGAUUCUUUUUGUGAUUGAAAUUAGCAAAAUGAAAAUUACUGUUGCAUUUGUACA